UGGGGGCCAAGCCUCGGCAGGCGCUGCCCGGCCGUGGCGUGAGUUAGUGGAUGGCUGAAAGUUAGCUUGACCAUUGAGUUGCUGAAAUGUUUUGCUGCUUGAGAGCCGUGAGAAGGUUAUGUCUGGAGAAGAUACUGCUACAAUGCAUUCUUCAGUCAAGAACUUUGUCAGGAGCUGAUGCCAUCAAUGCUCUCAGACCUUUCUAUUUUGCUGUGCAUCCAGAUUUCUUUGGCCAGCAUCCCAAAGAGAGGGAAGUAAAUGAAAACUCUUUGAAGAGGUUAAAUGGCUACUUGGAGAAUCUACAGAAACCAGGAUUUCGCUCCUUUAAGCCAACUCAGCUUACUUUUUAUGUAAGAGAAAGAGAACCAAACUCUUCUAAUGUUCAAGAGUCCUUCAGUGCUUCAGGGUUUCGAGCAGUCAGUUUUACAUUACAUACUAGGGAUCUCCUGAGCACAGUAUUAGAUAUUCUCAACUCCUGCAGUUUAUCUACGGAUCAUAUUCAAAGUUUGAAUGAGAACUCUCAGGCCCACAAGGAAGCGAAAAGCACAGUGAACAGACCUAUCAGAUGGGAUAAGACUUAUUAUUCAUUUACUGGAUUCAAGGAUCCUGAGGAGGAACUAGAACAAGCCCAGAGAGUGGAAACAACUUUAAUAUCCUGGCUAGAUGAUAAUGAAGCAAGUGCAGUAAAAAAGCUGAAAAAGAGUUUGCCACUUAGAAAAGAACUAGAACGUUUAAAAUUUGAACUUUGUCAUCAACUCCAGCUCUCAGAUAUCAGGUGGCAGAGAAGCUGGGGUAUUGCUCACCGCUGUAGCCAACUACACAGUCUGGGUCGCUUAGUCCAACAGAGACCUGAAGUAUUAGAGAAUGUUAAAGGACACACGGUGGUAUUUACAGACCGUUCAGGUAUGAGUGCAGCAGGCCACAUAAUGCUCGGGACCAUGGAUGUUCACCAUCACUGGACCAAAAUUUUUGAGAGAUUGCCAAAUUAUUAUAAACUUCAAAAAAGGCUGCUGUUCUUGGAAGAUCGAAUAAGCCAACUUCUGGGAGGCAUACAAGUAAUAUAUAUUGAAGAACUGCAACCCCUGUUGACUCUAGAAGAGUACUAUGAGACUCUGGACUCUUUCUAUAAUAAAUUACGUGACAGUAGACUACCUUUUCAUCCUCGCAGUCUGCGAGGCUUGCAAAUGAUUCUGGAAAGUGACAGAUAUGCACCAAGCUUACAUGAAUUUGGACACUUCAUGAUCCCAACGGUUUGUGAUCCAGCAACCCUUCAAUGGUUUAUUUUUGCCAAAGCACAGGAAGCAAGAGAGAAUCUGAAAAGAAAGGAGGAGAUGAUGAUUACAGAAAAAGAGCUAAUCAAUACUUCCACUGAAAAAUUUUCUUUGGAUCGGCUGUAUAAGGAACCCAGUGUUUCCAGUGCACAGAUGAUAGAUUGUUGUAAGCGACUGCUAGAAGAAUCGUUGCCGUACCUACAAGGCAUGCACCUUUGCAUUUCGCAUUUCUACUCUGUGCUGCAGGAUGGAGACCUGUGUAUACCUUGGAACUGGAAAAACUGAGGACAUAUCUGAUAAUCAGAUUAAUUGUUUAUUUUCUGUAAGAGGCUAUAAAUGUUUUUAAGAGUAAAUUAUUUAAAUCUGUAUUUUGAUAUCCGUAUUCAACCCACAAAUUUUCUAACUGCUGCUCAAAAAGGAUUGGAGUCCUGGACAAUUUGCACAAUGAGCAGUAUUGCCAGUUCUGGGAAAGGCAUCUGUACAUUUCUCCAUAGUACUGUAGGAGUCCCAGUAUAUGGUAGCAGUAGUGAAACCGCAUUUUUUGUAGUGAAUUACGAAAAUACAUUAAAUUGCAAGUCUGCAAAAAUGUGCAUAUGUAUUUUUAAUAUACAUUAAUAUUGCCAGAUAGAUCAUCUUAAAUAAAGAGUGUAGUACUCAAACCAGACAUGACAUGUUAUCUUAAGGGAUUCAUUGAAUGCAGAAGUUGAGUACGUAAGUUACCUGGUGGCAAUAUUGGCAUUUCGUAUUGCUACCUAUUACUGAAUUUAAAAAAAAAAAAAGGACAAGGGAAAAAACCAUCAGAGUAUUUCCACUUUGCAGAAGAAAGCAGUACAUUAACUUGGUCUCUACAGUAGACUUUCAUAUGCUGGUCCAAUAUUGUUGCCUUAGAAUUUCAAAAUACAUCAGUUGUACUGUCUGCGGUUACUUUAAAGAAGAUGUGAUUCUCUUUUUGUUUUCUGGCAAUUGCUCCAUAAAUACAGACGAUCCUCUUUACGUACACUAUAACAGAUUGCAAAUCCCAUUCACAACACUUAAAACCUGAGUAGUUUAAUGUGACACCUAAGGAAAGGAAGCAUUGAUUUGUGUGGGAUUGUCUGCAAGAAUAAGCACUUCUCCGUGAGAGCAAGGAGUUUGCAGUAAGGCAAACGUGGAUCUUCACUGGUACUUUAUUCCUUGAAAAAAAUGAAAUAAAGUGUGAAUGUAUGUCAACACUUUCCAUUGUAAUGCAUGCCAAGAUGCAUUUUGUAUUUGGGUUACUACUUUGCAAAAUGUCUUUUGAGAAGAACCAACUGCUUAAGGUUUCUGGACUUGAAUUCACCUGUAACAACUGGCAAAAAAAAAAAAGGAAUUGUCAAAUGCUUACUUGCCUUGUAUUUAUAUUUGUAUUGAGCAGGGAAAUUGUUGUGGUUCUCUGUUUUCUCCUGUUAAAAGGCUUAGUGUCAAGUUGUUUAUUAUGUUGCCAAACUUAAAUCAAAAACACCCACUGUCAUCUCAAACAUGUCUGUUUUAAAACAUUGAGACAGAGCUGUGACUUUCUCAGGCCUUUAAUUCAGCUGAAUUACUAGCAAUUCCUGUAUACAUUCUGAAGAUCAGUUGAUAGUUUCUUCUAAGUAGUUAACUUCCAUUGCACAUUACUUUCCUUUGAUCCAUCUAGCAUUCAUGAUACUGUCCAUGUCCCAGUUGUGCUAAGCAAAUGAGCCAGUCCUGUCAGUUGUAGCCUGGCAAUAUUCCCUGUAACAGCUCUCUGAAAGUAGGCUGUCUUCAGGAAUAAAAGCUGAGUAUAGUAAUUUUUUUUUUUUCUUGCUUGAGUUGAGUGAUCCCUUACAGGUCUUCAGGCAAGAAGUAGCUGUCCAGUUUGACUAUAGAGAAGAUAA